AUGCCAUCACCGCCCUCGGGAAUCCCACGGCAGUCCGAAAACCACGAUAAUGUAGCCGAAAGCAACAGCUCCUCUCCUGGAUCUCCUCUGGAACCCAGCAGCAGAGAGGACUUACAAAAAUCACUGGGCCAAAAUGCAAUAUACGAAAAUCCCCAUCCCCAUCCGCCUCGCUGGGCCAAACAGCCGCCCACCCGGCCCAGCCUGGCACCAGGCAUCUCAGCCAUGGCGCGGCGGCCGUCUUUCAUCGACGAAGAAGAAGACUCGAUCGCCACGGCGACAGCAGCGGACCGGUCUUCGAAGAUAUCUUCCAAGGAAACGUCGGUGACAUGGAUGUCGCUGCCCAAGAAGGGCCAGUUGGCCAUCCUGACCAUUGCGCGACUGUCGGAGCCUCUAACGGAGCGAUCGUUGGCGGCAUACAUGUUUUAUCAGCUUCGCUUCUUCGACUCGAGUCUGCCGGACAGCACGAUCGCGAGCCAAGGCGGCAUGCUCACAGCGUCGUUCGCCGCCGCGCAGUUCCUGACGGCCGUCUGGUGGGGGCGAGCGGCCGAUACGCCGUGGAUCGGUCGGAAGAGAGUCUUGCUCGUGGGACUGUUUGGGACGUGCGUGAGUUGUGUCGGGGUCGGGUUCUCGCGUUCUUUCGCCCAGGCGUUGUUCUUCCGCGCGUGCGCUGGAUGUCUGAACGGGAACGUGGGGGUGAUGAGAACGAUGAUUAGUGAGAUCAUUAAGGAGAAGAAAUAUCAGUCACGCGCGUUUCUUCUCCUUCCAAUGUGUUUCAAUAUAGGCGUCGUCAUCGGACCUAUCCUAGGCGGGUUCCUCGCAGACCCCAUCACCUCGUUUCCACAUCUGUUUGGCCCGGAUUCCGUGCUGGGCGGGAAGAAGGGCGUCAAAUGGAUGGAGGCCUUCCCCUACGCCCUCCCGAAUGUCGUCAGCGCAUGCUUCAUCCUGGUCUCGGCGCUCUGCGUCGUUCUUGGUCUGGACGAAACACACCCGGCCCUCAGCAAUAAACAAGACUACGGCCGCAAACUAGGGAACUGGAUUUUCCGCUUCGUUGCGCGCUGCUUCCACCAUAACAAAAGACCGUCCGGGUACGAAUAUACCCAACUCGACGACGACAACCAAGACCAAAUCCAAGUCGAAUUACAACCAACCAGCACCAGCACUAGCACCACCAUACACAACCAUGACCAUGACCACGACCAUGACAAUAACAAUGACAACGACAACGCCCAUGACCAAGUAUCUUCUCAACAAGACAGAGAUAUCGAAUCAUCGCCUUCACCCUUCCCACUUCGCGAAGCAGCAGCAGCCACAGCUGCAGCCCCAACCAACAUCUCCCUCCUCGUCGUCAAACUGCCCUUCCGACAAAUCUUCACCAAAAAUGUCCUCCUCACCCUCCUCACGCACCACCUCCUAGCGCUACACCUAAGCGCCUUCAACGCCCUGAUCUUCCUAUUCCUCCCGGCCCCCCGCUCGCCAAACUCGCACGCCCACCUCCCAUUCCAAUUCACCGGCGGCCUGGGCCUGUCGUCGGAGCGCGUCGGCCUGGCGACCGCCAUCAUCGGCGUGCUCGGCUUCCCGCUGCAAAUCCUACUAUACCCGUCGGUCAAUUCCAAACUGGGCACGCUGCGCAGCUACAAGGUGUUCCUGCCGUUCUCGGUGCUCGCGUACGCCAUCAUCCCGUAUCUGGCGCUCGUGCCGGACCGGGCGGUGCUGGUGUGGCCCGCCCUGACACUGGUGCUGGCGCUGCAGGUGCUGUCGCGCACGUUCGCGCUGCCCAGCGGCACCAUCCUCGUCAACAACUGUACGCCGCAUCCGAGCGUGUUGGGGACCAUCCAUGGCGUCGCGCAGAGCGUGUCGUCUGGCGCGAGGACCGUCGGGCCAACCCUGGGUGGGUAUUUGUUGGGGGUGGGUUUGGGUGGGAAUUGCGUCGGUGCCGUUUGGUGGGCGGCUGCGGGGGUGGCGGUGUUGAACUGGGUGUUGCUUUGGUUUGUUUUUGAGGGUGAUGCUGGGAGUUCGGUUGGGUAG